AUGCCGAAUGCCCUCACGGGUGGCCAGGUCCCCCCCCUUACUCUGGACACAGUUGGCCUGGUGGACCGGAGUCUGGGAAAUGCAGGGACCUCCGGUUCUGCCCCAGUCUUGGAAGAGGGGGAAAUGGACCCUUGGGCCCUCCCUCAGCUGAAGGACACUGGCCAGUCCUGGACAGAGCUCAGCAUGGCCAACAGGGUGCUCCGGGUGCUCAUUGGCUUCCUCAAGGCCUGUGGGCUCCUGGGCAACCUCUAUCUUUUCAUCUGCUCCCUGGACAUCCUCAGCUCUGCCUUCCAGCUGCUGAGCAGCAAAGUGACUGGAGACAUCUUUAAGGACAACGUGGUGCUGUCCAACCCUGUGGCUGGACUGGUCAUUGGCGUGCUGGUCACAGUUCUUGUACAGAGCUCCAGCACGUCCUCCUCCAUCGUGGUCAGCAUGGUGGCCUCCAAAUUGCUGACCGUCCAGGCGUGUGUGCCCAUCAUCAUGGGCGUCAACGUGGGCACGUCCAUCACCAGCACCCUGGUCUCGAUGGCACAGUCAGGGGACCGGGAUGAGUUUCGGAGGGCCUUUGGCAGCUCGGCGGUCCAUGGGAUCUUCAACUGGCUUACGGUGCUGAUCCUGCUGCCCUUGGAGAGCGCCACAGCCCUGCUGGAGAGGCUCAGCGCCCUGGCUCUGGGCUCCGGCAACCUGCAGCCCGGGGGGCAAGCACCUGACAUCCUCAAGGUGCUUACAAAGCCUCUCACACACCUGGUCGUGCAGCUGGACACUGAUAGGAUUGCAAGCAGUGCUGCCGGCAAUGCGACGAACAGCAGCCUCAUUAAGCGAUGGUGCGGCACCAGGGAGGUGAUGACUCCGGGGAACAGCAGUGACUGUGGAGUGGCCACUUCCGGCCCCUGCCCUGAGAACAACAGCUCUGUCCUGGUGGAUCAUCUGCCCU